UUCUUCCAUUGACAAAAUGUUGUUUGCUUCUUCUUUUUCUCAUGCGAUUACUAUUACUUCCCUCAUUCAAAAAUACUGAAUUGGUUGAUGUGUGGGUAUGGUGAAGAAUUUGACGGGUUUUGAUGGGUGUGGUGGUAUGAUUUGAUUCUGGGUACUAUGGUUCCGCAACGUAAUGGGUGAAAUUUUGGUGGUAAGGGUGAAAAGGUGGGGGAUGUGGUGGGAUUAAGGUGGAUUGGGUGGCUCGUAGUCAACUGGAUAUAAGAACCCAAAAUAUUAGUAGAAUGAGAUGCAAAGAAAAUGUUUAGCGCAUAGCUUUUUCUUCAAAGCAGCACUACUCUCUACAAUGGCUUUGCCCUCUUGGCUUUUAUUAUUCUUGAUAGCAACGAGAAACAACUUCAUUGUUUGCCGUCGCUUCGUAUCGACCCGGUUACCAGAUUGACCUGAUUUGUUCCAGAAGCUUCUUCACCCUUCAGCUAAUACAACAACAAGGGUCACUCUUGCUAGCCUUUGCUGGAAUUUGCUAAGAGAAAGGUAAAGGGAAGAAGAAAAGGGUAAAGGGAAGGGGAAAGGACAAAGUUACCUUCUGAUCCAUCGAUAGACUAGAUUAUAACCCUUGCACCCUAGUGGGCACCAUCAUUUUAACCAUUUUUUCUUUUUAUAUCUCAUAUUUUUAUCAAAUCACUCAUCAUAUCACAUAUCACUGUCUUCCCUUACUAAGAUGGAAGUUGGUGGAAUGGUUUGGGUUGGGGAGAGCAUUUCAUUUUUUUUUUCAUCUUCACCAAAAAAAAAAAUUUGUUAGAAUCAGAGAUUGUUGGGUCGGGGGGUGUUGGUGAAGUAGUUGGAUCCCGGAAUGGCUAUAAGCCUAUAAAUACUCCGAGGAGCACUCCAUUUUAGUCGCGCUCUUCUCUUCUCUCUGCUUGAAACAAAGAACUAGUCUCUCUUCUCUAUAACCACUCGAAAAUAAAGAAUAAUGGCAUCCCAUAUUGUUGGAUACCCUCGUAUGGGCCCUAAGAGAGAGCUCAAGUUCGCCCUGGAGUCAUUCUGGGAUGGGAAGAGCAGUGCUGAGGAUUUGAAGAAGGUGGCAGCUGGUCUCAGGGCAUCCAUCUGGAAGCAGAUGGCUGAUGCCGGGAUCAAGUACAUCCCCAGCAACACAUUCUCCUACUACGAUCAGGUGCUUGAUGCCACCGCAAUGCUCGGCGCUGUUCCACCCCGAUACGGGUGGACUGGCGGGGAGAUUGGAUUUGAUACUUACUUCUCCAUGGCUAGGGGUAAUGCCUCUGUGCCUGCAAUGGAGAUGACCAAGUGGUUUGAUACCAACUACCACUUUAUUGUCCCUGAACUGGGACCUGAUGUGAAUUUCACUUAUGCAUCCCACAAGGCAGUGGAUGAGUACAAGGAGGCCAAGGCGUUUCUCUUCCAGCUUGGAGUAGAUACAAUCCCAGUCCUCAUUGGCCCUGUAUCAUACUUGGUGCUCUCCAAACCUGCCAAGGGCGCUGAUAAAUCCUUCUCUCUUCUUUCCCUCCUCCCAAAAGUCAUUGCUGUCUACAAAGAAGUUGUGGCUGAUCUUAAGGCAGCUGGUGCUACAUGGAUUCAGUUUGAUGAACCUACCCUUGUCUUGGACCUUGACCCUCACACAUUGCAAGCAUUUACUGCAACAUACUCAGAACUUGAAUCUACUUUAUCUGGUCUAAAUGUUCUUAUUGAGACCUACUUUGCUGAUGUUCCUGCUGAGGCAUACAAGACCCUCACUACUCUGAAUGGCAUCACAGCGUUUGGAUUUGAUUUAGUCCGUGGAGCUAAGACUCUUGAUUUGAUCAAGGGAGGAUUUCCCAGUGGAAAGCAUCUGUUUGCUGGAGUGGUUGAUGGAAGGAACAUUUGGGCUAAUGAUCUUGCUGCUUCUCUCAGUACAUUAACUAGUCUUGAGGGCAUUGUGGGCAAAGAUAACCUUGUUGUGUCCACCUCCUGCUCACUUCUUCACACUGCUGUUGAUCUUGUUAAUGAAACCAAGUUGGACAAUGAGAUAAAAUCAUGGCUGGCUUUUGCUGCCCAAAAAAUUGUUGAAGUAAAUGCAUUGGCCAAAGCAUUGUCUGGUCAAAAGGAUGAGGCGUUCUUCUCUUCCAAUGCUGCAGCUCAGGCUUCAAGAAAGUCCUCUCCUAGAGUGACCAAUGAGGCUGUUCAGAAGGCUGCUGCUGCACUGAAGGGCUCUGAUCAUCGCCGUGCAACAAAUGUCGGCGCCAGACUGGAUGCUCAGCAAAAGAAGCUCAACCUUCCAGUUCUCCCAACGACCACAAUUGGAUCCUUCCCUCAGACUGUUGAACUGAGGAGGGUGCGCCGUGAAUACAAGGCUAACAAGAUCACGGAGGAAGAGUAUGUUACUUCUAUUAAAGAGGAGAUCCGCAAAGUUGUUGAACUCCAAGAACAGCUUGAUAUUGAUGUCCUGGUACAUGGCGAGCCUGAGAGAAAUGAUAUGGUUGAGUACUUUGGUGAGCAGUUAUCUGGUUUUGCCUUUACUGUCAAUGGGUGGGUGCAAUCUUACGGAUCUCGUUGUGUGAAGCCACCAAUCAUCUAUGGUGAUGUGAGUCGCCCAAAACCAAUGACAGUAUUCUGGUCAUCUAUGGCUCAGAGUAUGACGAAACGCCCAAUGAAAGGAAUGCUUACCGGCCCAGUAACCAUUCUCAACUGGUCCUUUGUUAGAAAUGAUCAACCUAGAUCUGAGACUACCUACCAGAUUGCUUUGGCUAUCAAGGAUGAAGUAGAAGAUCUUGAAAAAGGUGGUAUUGGUGUUAUCCAAAUCGACGAGGCUGCUUUGAGAGAGGGGCUUCCAUUGAGGAAGUCAGAGCAAGCUCACUACUUGGACUGGGCUGUCCAUGCCUUCAGAAUUACCAAUAUUGGAGUGCAGGAUACUACUCAGAUCCACACCCACAUGUGCUACUCUAACUUCAAUGACAUCAUCCACUCUAUCAUCGAUAUGGAUGCUGAUGUGAUCACCAUUGAGAACUCACGUUCGGAUGAGAAGCUUCUGUCGGUGUUCCGUGAAGGAGUUAAGUACGGAGCUGGAAUUGGCCCUGGAGUCUAUGAUAUUCACUCCCCCAGAAUACCACCAACUGAAGAAAUCGCAGACAGGAUCAACAAGAUGCUUGCAGUGCUUGAGACAAACAUUUUGUGGGUAAACCCUGAUUGUGGGCUCAAGACUCGCAAGUACACGGAGGUGAAUCCAGCCCUCACAAACAUGGUUGCUGCCACAAAGCUGAUCCGCAACCAGCUUGCAAGUGGCAAGUGAAGGAUAUUAAGAAAGGAGAAUGUCAGUAGUCACCAUGGUUCUGGUUAAGUUACAGAGAAAGGAAAAUUUUCUAUUUUGGUUGUUGGAAAUAACUGACUGUUGAAUAUUUAGGUGUUUAGUAUGCUCUUGUGAGCAAUUGUUCCCUCCCCACACCAGUUUUUAUUUUUAUUUUUUUUUAAAUAUUCUAUAUUUUUGUGGCAUUGCCUCAAUCAUAUAUUCAUAUCCAUACGCAAUUAUUGGUUAUGUGGAGUUAACCAGCAGUGUAUUAAUCGUGCAAUCGCUCCAUGCAUCAACAUAAAUUUCUCCCUUCGUACUCUUGAGCCA